AUGAAGAUUAAAGAUAAGGAGAAAUCUGCUAAAAAUAAACAAUCAGAUAGUGAAAAAGCUAUCAAUGAAACAAUUUUUGUUCAGGACAUUAGUGAUUAUAUUGCUAGUGCAAUUGCUGAUUUAGAAAUUCAAUUAAAACUUUCUCUUGCCUUUUAUAUUCAAAUCGAUGAGAUCACACUUAAUAUUGUAGGCACCGAUGUUAAAGCAAUAGCUAUAUUAAUAGUUGAUGAAAUUGAAAAUGGUGAUAGAUAUAAUUGGAUAGCCACAACUGUACCAAAUCUUUCAUCUCAUUAUCAUGAUAUUGGAAAU